CAAUAACCCAACCCUCGUCUGAAUUGUCUUAAGCAUCAUUCACGUCACCUUCCAAUAAUUCGAGGGACCGAUUGAGCCACCGUAACUCCUGAAGUUCAGUUAUGAGGUUUCUCUGUCUCCAUGGCAUGGGUGCCAAUGCCCAGGUGCUGGAGAUCCAGAUUGCCGCCAUUACCAGCUCUUUCCCUGAACAUGAGUUUGUCUUUGCCGAAGGCCUAGAGCCUUGCCUUCCCGAUCCGAAGGUCCAGUCCUUCCUUUCCGGGCCUUAUCUCUGCUAUUACUCAUGUCCAACUCCAACUCAAAUGCACGAGGCGUUUACCCUGAUCCGAGAAGUCAUGGAUGAAGACGGCCCAUUCGAAGGAGUCAUUGGCUUCUCACAAGGGGCUGCACUGGCUGCGUCUAUGAUCCUCCAGCAUCAGAAAGAUAACCCCACCGCAAUGCCACUCUUUAAUCUCGCUAUCUUUCUGGGCGCCAGUCUUCCAUUUGAUAUGGACUCCAGCCUGGCUCUCCGCAGUAUCGUCGCCAUGCACCAUCGACCAAAUGGAUAUCCCGAUGGCGCUGGUGACGACCCUCUCAUCCUGCAGCAAUAUGAUCCGCGAACGACAAACCUGCGUAUAGAGAUACCUACGCUGCAUGUAAUUGGAAGAACAGAUCCAUUUCGGCAGCAAGGGGAAUUGCUGGUCGAGCUGAGUUCCGGGGAUGCCAUCCCAGUCGUCCAUGAUGCGGGUCAUAUUGUGCCUAGAGAUAUGGGCUCAACGGCCAAGAUAGUACGAUUGGUAGAGGGAAUGAUAGGCAGGGCUCAACACAUAUGCUGA